AUGCUGGCGGCGUUCCUCGCGGCGCUCGUCUUCUUCCAUUCCUCCGAGUUCCUCCUCGCGCUCUGGUCCACCGGCAAACCCGACGUCCGAUGUGCGUCCCUUCGUCUCGCCUCCCACUGUAGUAGAUACGUACCAAACACAAUGUUCCCCUUCCCCCGCCUCAACUCGGCCUUCCUCCUCGCGCUCUGGUCCACCGGCAAACCCCACGCCCGAUCCCUCCCUCCUCCCAUCUUUGUCUCACAGGAGGAGCUUCCCUUCACGACGCUGCAAUGCCUCUCCCCUCCUCCUUAUAUCCCUCCACUUUCAUCCCUCAUCUUCUUCUUCUCCCCUCAUCACCCUCCCGCCCAGCCUCAUCCUGCUCCGUUCCCCUUCCCACGCCCUGCCCCUUUCUGUGGCUCGUGGCGCUCUUGUGGGGGCACCCCUGCUGGGGGAGCUGCUGCUUCUGCUGGCGAUCUGUUCAAAGUUCGCUUCCCCCCACCCACCCCCCCCCCAAUCCCAUCCCUCUCCACCACUUCAAGUGCCGCCUGUGGCCCAUGGCCGUUCCUCUUCUCGCGGGAGUAUCUGCUGGCCAUGGCAGCAACGCUCACUGAAUACGCCCUUGAGACCACCCUCUUCCCCGCCUUCAAGCGCCGCCUGUGGCCCGUGGCGUGGGUGCGGCAUCCGGGCUACACGGGGUGGUUCAUGUGGAGCAUAGCCACGCAGCUGCUGCUCGUCAACCCCCUCUGCACGCUCGCCUUUGCCCUCGUCUCCUGGCGCUUCUUUGCCGCCCGCAUCCCGCAUCCUGUGAGUUACCCUGUGCGUUCAGUCGGCCUGGAGCAGGACCUGCAGGACCGUGAAUCGGCCUCAACUCCUAGUGCCUCAUUGUGUAGAGGGAGAUGCGAGGCUGUUGUUUCAAGACUCCCUUGUUUCCUUCUCCCCCUUUCCCUUUUCCUCAUCGCCCGCGCCCUUCCACCACCAUGUCCCAAUCUCUCCACUACCUCGCGCCUCCCGCCAGCUUGCUGCACUCCAGUGCCCCACACACACGCCAUUGCCAUCCCACCCCAUCUCAUGCUGCACACCUUCUGCUUCCGUGCCCCACCCUCCCCCCCCCUUCCUCCCCCUCUCUCUCCCGCCUCCCCCCCUCUUUGCUGCAGCUACGAGGACCUGUACUUGCACCCGUUCUUUGGUCUCGAGUACGCGCAAUACGCUGCCUCUCUGCUUUCCUGCGUUCCUUUUGUCUCAUCGCGCCACCCCCUCUGCUCUCCCCUCCCCCUCAUCCUAGCUACGAGCAGUUUUAUCUGCACCAGUUCUUCCAGCAUGCGCAAUGCCUCUGCUCCCAUGUCCCCUCUUUCCCCACCCCCCUUUUUCAAAUCCAGCUACGAGGAGUUCUAUCUGCACCAGUUCUUUGGUCUUGACUACUACGAGUUCUAUCUGCACCAGGUCUUCUGCCUUCGCUGCGAGGAGUUCUACAUGCACCAGGUGUUUGGCCAUGACUACGAGGAGUUCUACCUCCACCAGUUCUUGAGCCUUAAGAACGCACGAUACGCCGCCUCGGUGCCUCGGUGCCUCGGUGCGUGGGUGUCUUAUCGUGCCAGCCCUAAUGGUCUCCCCUCCCCCCAUCCAUGCAGCUACGAGGAGUUCUAUCUGCACCAGUUCUUUGGCCUUGAGUACGCAUGA